GUCCCCAGAAGGCCCGCUGUGGCCCGAAUGCUUCCCAGUUCCCAGACAUCAGUUAGGGAGGAUGGCUGAAAACCAGGAAGCUAGGUCCCGGCUUUCUGCUCUGGGAAGCAAGCUGGGCCCAGACACCACCUUAUUCCAUCCACAAAGUCUCACACAUCUCGCCAUUCUGGUUGCAAUGAAGAAAUGGACUGUACACCAGAAUUUCGUACCUGUGGAUUAUGCCCAGGAUUUAAGGUGCUAGAGAAACAUUUUUUGACAUAAGGAUGGAGAAAUGGUUCCUCCACAACAGCUACUGGAAGGACAACUGAAGGAUUAUUUCAGCACCGGAAGUCAGACCUGCAGGAGUGAAUGGGAAACAAAGAGCCCGGUGGGAAACCAGCCUGGCAGCAGUGGCAAAGUCGGGGCAGGGGGGAAGAGGGAGAAGUCAAAAGGCAAAACGUGCACAGGGAAAAGCGCGAACGCAGUCCCCCACUACCACAAAUUAUGCAGUCGAGUUUCCCACAUUUGGGGAAAUCGCAGGGGUCAGCACAUCCGGAGUGCAAUGGAUAAGCCUUGCCCUGGGAAAACCACCUUCAUGAUCAUGGACAAUAACAGAAACAAACACGAUGCAGGAAUGUCGACUAUUACUGGUUCAUGUUCGAGAACACAGUCAAGGAUCACCUCCAAGACCUUUGGCGAUGCAGCGUGGUUGAGGAGGAUUCCUGCCAGAAGUCCUAAGACAUUUGAGAAAAUUUUAUUUAUUUGAGUGAGGGAGUGCAUGAGAGCGGAGAAGGUCAGAUGGAGAAGCAGACUCCCCAUGGAGCUGAAGCCCUAUGUGGGAUUCGAUCCCAGGAAUCCGGGAUCAUGACCUGAGCUGAAAGCAGUUGCUUAACCAGCAGAGCCACCCAGGAGGUGGGAACCACCCACUCCAGGUUCUAUGGAUUCCAGUGACACAGACCAACACCAGACCUGCGAGGUGUCAGAGGUCUCACCAAGCUCCUGCUUCUUCUGGACCUCUCCCAGGAAAGUGAUCACCCAACUAUGCUGUGAUUCGGAGUACAGGGCUUUACAGAGUAGAAAGCCAGGACAUAGCUUCAUGGUUUUCAGCCAUUUUCCCUAACUGAUGUCUGGGAACUCUGAAGCAUUCGGGCCCCACCUGGUCUUCUGGGGACCACCGGGAUCCUGAGAUCAUGCUGUCACCCCUGGGAUAUCACCCCACUUCACCCCUUGAACACUUUUAAGCCAGGAUUGUCCCAGACAGGGGUAGACACCUAAGUGUUUCAAUCAUGCACCUGGCUGUCGAUGGAAACUUUGCAGUAGGCUCCUUCAGCUAUUAUCCAACCUAUGCCUGUGGACAUCUGAUAGAAAGACAUGCUGGAAUCAUCCGUAUUUUGCAGAGAAGGGACCAUCCCUGUCAGGCACAACGGCUUAUCUAAGGUCCAAACCAGAAGUUGGCUGAAACCACCCCCGCGAUGCCUCAGGAUGUUUCGAGGGAGACGCCAUAAGAACGCUCCAGAGGACAUGGUGCAGGAGCUGAAUGUUGACAUCCGCUGCUCUCCUUCCCCAAAAGACAAGAAGCCGCACAGGGACAACAGAGUCUGGCGCUGGCUCAGGGGGGAAAAUGGCUCAACCAGGAAGAGGAAUAAGACCUUGAUACUAUGGAACACUCGUGCCAGUUCAUUGGAGGCCAUAAUAGAUUACCUGGUGGCUGCCGUCAUAAAAGAAGAUCUAAACUAUGUUCACAUGUUUCUCGAAAUACAUCGCACCCUUGCUACCACCCAGGAGGUGCUGGGCCUCCUCUUUGCAAGAUUCGGAUGUGUUUACUCCACGUAUGACGAGGUCGGCGGACCCCAGGACCAGCGCAACAUGGCCGUCUAUGCCAUCCUGGAUAUGUGGGUGGAAAGGUAUCCAGGGGAUUUUGUGCAGCCUCCAGAGUAUCCCAACUUGCAUGCUCUACUGGCCUACCUGCAGGUCAAUGCGCCUGGCUCGGACCUGCUGCGCCGUGCCCAGCUUCUGCUGCCAGAAAGGCAGCGCGCUGAGACCACAGAGCCAGAGGCUGGGGCUACAUCACCGGCCCCGGAGCCAGAUCAGGAUGUGUCUCGGGAAGUGGUUCCAGCAGCCACUCUGGCACCCGCUGCACCUCUGGGGCCUGAGCUGGUCCCCGCCAUCCCUGCUGCGGCUGCUCACUAUGGGAUAGGAAGACCAGUGCCCCCCCCUGACCCGUUGGGGCCAGGGCAGAUGGUCGUCAGGGCCCUCGUUCACUUCUCUGCCACGGAAGAGCCACCAGGCCUUUUGACUUUCCUGGAUGACCAGCAGGCUCAGCCCCCGAGCUGCCGCCCCCUGCGUCCAUGGAGCAAGCAGGCUCGGUCCCCGAGCUGCCGCCCCCUGCCUCCGUGGAGCAAGCAGGCUCAGCCCCCGAGCUGCCGCCCCCUGCGUCCGUGGAGCAAGCAGGCUCGGUCCCCGAGCUGCCGCCCCCUGCCUCCGUGGAGCAAGCAGGCUCGGCCCCCGAGCUGCUGCCCCCUGCCUCCGUGGAGCAAGCAGGCCUGGUCCCCGAGCUGCCGCCACCUGCCUCCGUGGAGCAAGCAGUCUCGGUCCCCGAGCUGCCGCCACCUUCCUCCGUGGAGCAAGCAGGCUCUGUCCCCGAGCUGCCGCCACCUGCCUCCGUGGAGCAAGCAGUCUCGGUCCCCGAGCUGCCGCCACCUUCCUCCGUGGAGCAAACAGGCUCGGCCCACGAGCUGCCGCCCCCUGCCUCCGUGGAGCAAGCAUGCUUCGCUCCCGAGGAGCACCUUGUGCUUGCUACAACCAGAAAGCGUGUCUUUCCCAUCCCCCUUAUUGCUUUUUUUGUAUUUCUUCUCUUUUGUGUGUAUGUAUAUAAUUACAUACUAGAUUUAAUUAAAGACAGUAGAACUUGAGUUUACAUAA